AUGCCCUCCACUGACGCCUCGCCAGACAGGAGCAGCAACUCCUUCAGGAGUGGCAAUGAGAGGCUGUACGAAGCCUACAAUGACCUGCACACGCUUGCUCAGGAUUUCGAGAAGCCCUUCGAUGCUCCCGCCAUCCUCGUCGUGGGGCACCAGACGGACGGCAAGUCGGCUCUGGUAGAGGCCCUCAUGGGCUUCCAGUUCAACCACGUUGGAGGAGGCACCAAGACCAGGCGUCCCAUCACCCUGCACAUGAAGUACAACUCUGGCUGCGUCCAGCCCACCUGCUACCUCAUGCUCGAGGACGUCGGCGAGCAAGAGGUGUCCCUGGAGGAGCUGCAGGAGUACAUUGAGAAUGAGAACCAGCGGCUGGAGCGGGAGCAGCAGUUCUGGUCCAAGGAGAUCGUGGUUAAGAUCGAGUACAAGUACUGUCCCAACCUGACCAUCAUCGAUACCCCAGGCCUGAUAUCGGCGGCCCCGGGGCGGCGCAACAGCGGGCUGCAGCAGAGCGCGAAGCAAGUUGAGAACAUGGUGCGGCAGAAGAUGGAACAGCGUGAGUACAUCAUCCUCUGCCUCGAAGACUCCAACGACUGGUCCAACGCCACCAGCAGGCGCAUGGUCAUGCAGGUGGACCCACACCUGUCGCGCACGGUGGUGGUGUCGACCAAGCUGGACACGCGGCUGCCGCAGUUUGCGCGAGGCCACGACGUGGAACUCUUCCUGCGCCCGCCCGGCCGACUGCUCGAGCCCGGCAUGCUCGGCGGCUGCCCCUUCUUCACGUCGGUGCCGUCUGGGCGGGUGGGCAACGCGAAGGACGCGAUAUUCCGCAGCAACGAGCACUUCCGCGAAGCCGUGGGCGAGCGCGAGAACCUUGACCAGGAGCUGGAGCACCGGUUGGAUCGGCGGCUGGAGGGGGCUGAGCGCGCGCGCAUCGGCGUGACUCAGCUGCGCCGAUUCCUGGAACAGCUCCUGCAGCGCAGGUAUCUGGAGAACGUUCCCUCCAUAGUGCCGCUGCUGGAGAAAGAGUACAGAAUCGCAGCCAAGCGCCUGGAAGAUACCCAGGAGGAACUCAACGACCUGCACCCAGAAAAGCUGAAGGAGAAGGGCCGGUCGUUCCGGGAGUCUUUCCUGGCCAAGCUGGGCUUGCUGCUGCGCGGAACAGUCGCCGCGCCGCCCGAGCGCUUCGGAGAGACGCUGUCCGAUGAGCACAUCCGCGGAGGCGCGUUCGUGGGCCCGGACUCAAAGACGCUGCCGGUGCCUGAGGGGUUGCCGAACGCGCACAUGCGGCUGUUCGGCGGCGCGCAGUACCACCGAGCGAUGGCCGAAUUCCGCGCAUCCAUUGGCGAACUCACCUGCCCAGACAUCAGCCGCGAGGAGAUUGUCAAUGCGUGUGGAAUUGAUGACUUCCACGACGGAGUCAAUUACACUCGCACGGCAUGUGUCAUCGCAGUGUCCAAGGCCCGGGACAUGUUCGAGCCCUUCUUGCACCAGCUGGGCUACCGGUUCCUGCAUGUGCUGCGGCGCAUGCUGCCGAUAGCGAUGUUCCUGCUGCAGCGUGAGGGCCAGUUCCUAAACGGCCACGACCUCUUCCUCAAACGCGUCGGCGCGGCCUACCACGCCUUCCUCGAGGAGGCAGAGAAGGGCUGCCGCGGUAAGUGCCUGGAGGAUCUGCAGAGCACCACGCGCUACGUCACAUGGUCGCUGCACACCAAGAGCCGCGCCAGCCUCAAGUCCAUGCUCAACCGGGCCGGCGGCGGCGGCGCCGCGAGCCCGGAGCCGGACAACGCGGUGACGGAGAUGCUGGAGAACACUCUGUGGAACCGACAGCUGGGUGUCAUGAGCGAGGAGAUCGUGGCCGCCCUCGUCUGCCAGAUCUUUGAGGGCAUCCGGGACCAUGUGGUGCAGAGCGUGGAGCUCAAGUUCAACUGCUUCUUCCUGAUGCCCAUCGUCGACGCGUUCCCCACCCGCCUGCGCACCGACCUCGAGGCGGCCUACGAGGAGGACCUGGACGACGUUUUCGACGUGGCGGCCGUUCGCGCGGCGCUCGAGGGCCGGCUGCGCUCGCUGGAGACCGAGCUGCACCAGGUGGAGCGUCUGCAGCGCAAGUUUGCAACCAUCCAUUCCACACUGGCACAGCAGCAGACGCAGAAGGUGAGGAUUCUCCUUGGUUCAAUAUCCUCGUCCUUAUCUUGCAUGGGCAGCAUUGUCAUCAUGUCAUUGUAG